GAAUUGAACUCAGCCUUAUCUACAGCCGGAUCAGAGAUUGUCCGUGCUGGUAGAUAUAAUCCCUGCAACUGGGAUAUCUUCCCCGCUAAAUGGCACGCCUGAACGGCAGGUCUCGCAGCAAACAUAUCUUGGUGUAUCUGCUUGAUGUGAGAGAAAAUACCGCAUCUGUAAGUAGGACGCCUUAGUCAAUUUAUUUUGGCAGUCCUGAGCAGAAAUGUGAGACAUUUCCUAUCGACGACCAAGCAUUGGUGGCUUGCCUGCAGACAAAAAGCAAAAGAAUGCGCAGCGUCAGCACUAAUUCUCCCCUCGGAGUCGUUUGGUAUACACCUCGCGAAUGCUCAAGAGAGGGGAACGAUAAGAGCGAUUCUAGGCAGACGUGGUCUGACCUUCUAAUAAAGCUUGUUUUGCUGCCAAGUGGUGCCACGAUCUUUUCUUCUACCACCCCCAAACACCAAUUGUCUGCCUUUUCUCACAAUCAGAAAACUCAUCCUCACUUUGAACUCAUUUCUAUUAAAACUCCCACCAUGCGCUACUUUGCAAUCACAGCCCUUCUCCUCGCCCUCAGUGGCUUCAUUACUGCCCAUCCAGCAGAUGAUUCCAUCUUCAACGCACUCGAAGGUCGCUGCCAAAAAGCCGGAAACCGCUGUGACCCUGGGGACAGCGCUUGUUGUGGUGACUGCUGCGCUUUUUGCACGGCCAAACGUGAUGACGAUGCGGUGAUCUCUUGCUCUUAUACUUGUGAGAGCUCUUGCUAGGGUGUGGGGUCAAUUGGAAAGAGACAUGCUUUAGACAGUGGUUGUGUUGAAAAGAUCUGGGCGGUGGUUGUUAAGCUGGUUGGCAAUUGGGAUGGAUCAUGCAUUUAAACCAUUGGGGGCAACCACAAGGAUAUUGUCUAGCAUCAUCUCAUUUCAG